AUGACGCUCGCCUUCCUGUGCAUCGUCAUCGGCGGCUCGAGCGUCUUCUACGCCAACUACAUCUACUACAAGUACAUCAUCGGCGCCUACCACAACUACCCCGAAGAAGUCGCCAAGAAGCUGCGGCGCGCCAUCUUCUACACCAAGACCGAUUUUCAGCCGAAGGAGGCGUUGAAGUACUACAAGCAGGCCCUCGCGGUCGCGAAUGAGGUGGGCAUGGAUCCGUUCAGCGAUGAAGUGAUGGGGAUUAAGAUUCAGAUUGCGGGCUUGCUGCAGCAGGUGCAUCAAGUGGAGAAGGCGAUACUGGUGCUGGAGCAGGUGCGCGGAGACAACUUGCGGUGGUUGGAGCUGUACGACGAGCAGAAAGAGCUGCAUGCCAAUGUGGACAUGCGGAAGAAGAAGACGCGCAUACUGGCCAAGACGAUCGCCAUCAGCGUCAAGCUGGGCGAGCACUACGCCGACGGCGCGGUGUGGGAUCGCGACAUGGCGCUCGAGCGGCUCGUGUGGGCUGUGGAGACGAGUUUAGCAGAGAAGAUCCGAAGACAGGCGGCGGGGGCGACGGAGGAGUCUGAUGGGCCGUGGAUGACGGAUGAAGAGCAGGGGGCGUCGUUGGAGGCGUUGGCGCAUGGGUAUGAAGAAAGGAAUCUGCAUUACCUGGCCACGCCGCUGUUUCUACAGGCUCUGGGAUUGAAGGGGAAGACGGAUUGCCAUUCUGUGGUGCUCAUGAAUAACAUCGCGUCCAGCCUGGCGCAGCAAUCGCCGCAGGCGGCACGCGCGGCGCAGGCGUUCGCAGAGAAGAGUGCCGUCGCCUCGUCAGAUGCACCUUCUGGCCCGGUCGCGACGAAGGAGAUGAUGGUGGAGAGUGCGAGGACGUGGGCGGAGAGAGCGUUGGACGUUGCCGCGCACGUGAAGCCGCCGGAGCGGGACGAGGAGUGUGAUCUCGGGUGUGCAGUCGCGACGCAUAACUUGGGCGAGUUUGCGGAGAUGGUGAGGGAUACGGCGACGGCGGAGAAGCGAUAUCGAGAGGCGAUCAGCUUGAGUCGAGCGAUUGGAUUUCAGGACGGGGUGGAUACUAGCUCAGAGAGAUUGAGGGCGCUUCUGGGUCAGGGAUGA